AUGGCCGACCUUUCGGUAGGAAUAGAUGGAGUAUACUGCGAUAUGCCACCUCUAGUCAUGACAACUCCUGACGUCCAGUUAGAAACAACUGUAGAAACUCAACCGAUGAUUCCUUUGCAGACUUUACCUACUGUAGCAGCACAACAAGAAGUGGUUACGGAGAAUAGUUGUAGUCAAAAUAACAACGACGAUGAUACUAUAGGAGAAAUUGAUCCUGCUGCUGUGCCGCCACCACAACCUAGCAAAAGAAAGCGAAGAACAGCACGGGAAACCCACGAGCUAAGUUUUAAUACGGAUGUAAACUCUCGUAAGUGGGAACAAAAGCCUGUUAAAAUCAAAACUUUAGAAGGAGAAUUUUCCGUGACUAUGUGGGCGUCGG